AUGACUAAGUUGCUAGCAUAUAUAUUUUGCAUUUUAGCCCUUGCGGCGCUAAGCAAAUCGAAACAACUAAAAACUGGUCCACGAGCAAUAGAAGAAUCAUCAACAUCAUCAAAUACGUCACAGAAGUUUGAUAAAAGAUUUGUUACUCAAGAGUAUACAUUAUAUCUGACACCGCAAGAUAUUAAGGAUUUAAAAAAUGGCAAAGUAUCUGUGGACGCUCAAGCACAAAUCGACGCAGAAAAAGUUCGUCAACAAUCAGGUUUACAAAACUCUAACCGAGAACAACAGUUAAAUGCAUAUAAUCCAUACAACAAGAUUAACUCUCAAGUUGUACAACCCCAAGCCAAAUUUGGUGGACUUGUAUCGCGUAACGGUAAACAACAACAACAGAAAGAAAAUAAUGAAUACAACAAAGCUAUCUCACAAAUUGAAGAGGCCCAGACAGAACUUCGUGGACUUAAUCAACAACUGAAAGAAUAUAAUGAAUACUACAAAGCUAUCUCACAAAUAACAGAAUCUCAGCCAGAAUUUCGUGGUCUUCAAUCACGGAACAAUUUACAACAACAGCUGAAAUCCCAGCCUGAACUUCGUGAACUAAAUCAACAACAACAUCAACAACAACUAAGAGAAUAUAAUGAAUAUAACAAAGCUAUCUCACAACUUGAACAAUCUCAGCCAGAACUGCGUGGACUUUUGUCACGUAACAAUCAAGAACAACAGCUGAACGAAUAUAACAAAGCUAUCGCACAAAUUGAUGAAACUCAGCCAGAACUUCGUGAAUUUCUAUCAAGUAACAGUCAAAAACAACAGCUGAACGAAUAUAACAAAGCUAUCGCACAAAUUGAAGAAUCCCAGCCAGAACUUCAUGAAUUUCUGUCACGUAAGAAUCAAGAACAACAGCUGAACGAAUAUAACAAAGCUAUUGCACAAAUUGAAGAAUCCCAGCCAGAACUUCAUGAAUUUCUGUCACGUAAGAAUCAAGAACAACAGCUGAACGAAUAUAACAAAGCUAUCGCACAAAUUGAAGAAUCCCAGCCAGAACUUCGUAGAUAUAUAUCAAGCAGUAAUCAGCAACAAGAACUGAAAGAAUAUAAACAGUAUAACAAUAUUUUCUCACAAGUUGAAGAACCCCAGGUAGAAUUUCGUCCAAUUUUAUCGAAAGACAAUCAACAACAACAACAAUUGAAAAAAUAUAAUCAAUACAACAAGAUUCCCUCAAAAACUGAAGAACCCCAGGUAGAACUUAGGGGACUUUUAUCACAUGACAAUCAACAACAACGACAACAACAACCAUUGAAAACCUAUAAUCAAUACAACAAGAAACCCUCACAGGCUGAAGAACCCAAAGUUGAACUUCGUGGACUGUUAUCGCAUAACAAUCAACAACAACAACAAAGAUUAAAAACAUAUAAUCAAUACAACAAGGUAAUCUCUCAGAUUCCAAAGGCUCAGGUCGAACCUCUAUUACAGGACAACCAACAAAAACAAUUAAAAACAUAUAAUGAAUACAAUAAAAUGUUCUCACAAGUUAAAGAACCGCAGGCACAUCGAGAAGUACUGCCACAAUAUUCAUUUUACCCUAAAACAACUUCUGAAAACCAACAAAUAAAUUAUGAUUUUACGAACUUAUAUGCAGAGCAAAAACCAAUGGAAGAACAGAGACAAAAUGUUUUCAAUGACAUUUUUAGAAAUGAACCACAGAUCAAUUUUAAUACUCAAAAAGAAAGAAAAACAGCAGAAGAGAGUGUUUUAAAAAAAGAGUAUGAUUGGGUACCAUUUAGUCCAGAAUCUGCUAAUAAGGAAAAGUUCUUACCUUAUGAACAGCUAAAACAGCAAUGGGACGGUAUUUUAGGUCAAAACCGUUUGCAAAUGCAAGAAUUAAAUGUUCAAAAGCAAAACCAAAAUAUGAACGAAACAAACACUCAGAGAAAUGAAGCUAAACAAUCAGAUGGUAAAAAUGAACAGAAAACUGAAGUUGAGAAACAAAUAGAAUCAAUAUUUAGGCAGCAACAAGCCUUCGAAGAUGAAAGACAAAAUGAACAAGCUAAAGCUGUCAAUCAAGGACCACCAAUAAUUAUCCACAAAGAGGUAAGUGUAACGAGACACCUUCCCGUGCCGGUUGUAAGAAAAGUCAAAGUUGCAGUUCCAACACCAGUCCUAGUUCCUGUUCCUGAGCCCUACGAGGUUAAAAUCCCACAUCCUUAUCCCGUACCUUUAGAAAUUGUCAAGCAUAUUCCUGUACCGGUAGUUAAACAUUAUUAG